AUGUCUGCUGCUAUCCUUACUGCCGACGUCGACCACCCCAUGGCCGACAUCCAUACUGUGCAGGUCGCCAAUGGACCUGUCACCAACCCUGUCGCGAACAUCGCACAGGCGCCUGCGAUGUGGCGCCACAACGAAGGCGUGAACGCCGUCUUGCACGCCAGCAACUGCGGCGUCUGCGACGCCUUUUUGCACCACGCAACCGACGCCCUCGGUACUCGCAACUACCAGGUCGCACGCACUGAACAGGACGACACCGCCGCCCGUUCUGCACGACGCGAAGCCUAUGAACGAGGCUACGAGGAUGCGCAACAGGACCGUGCGACGCUCGCAACCACGAUCCAGCAACUUCAAGCUCGCAUCGCGGAGCUCGAAGGCCAACUCGCCACCCGUGCAAACACCGGUGGACGAUUUCCUGGAGGGGGAGGAUUGGGACCUAUUCGCAAUAGGUUCGCCCCCUACAACACUGAUUCCUCUGUCGAUACUUACCUCGACAAUAGCCUCACUCGCAGGUUCAACACGAAUGAGCGUAUCCGUGGACCCGCUCGCCACCAGACCCUCAUCAUGUCGGAGGUACCUCUGACCAUCGACGAAGUCGACGGCGCACUGCGUCGAGCGCAGAUCGACGACGCUGUAGGCCUCGCAGCCGUGCGCCAGCUUCAGCAAUGGCGCAGGGCGAUCUUCGCCACCCUCGCUGUGGGACAACCCCUUUCAGUGACCCAAGAGGCCCUGCAAAACCAUUGGGUUGGACUACCCGACUGGUACCUCCACCGUUUCCCUCGCACCCCCCGACUCGAUCGCACGGCGAACCCGCCGUCCCAGGAGCAACACGAGACUCCUCCGCGCUAUACCGACCCAGCCGAGAAGUGGGCAUCUUACUUCUCGCGCUACCCAAGAGCCCGCCUUCCUCGCGGACUCGUGCGCGACAACAGCGGUCAAGUCCCCAUCGACCGCGCGAAUCUUCAUUGCAUGAUGAUUCGCAUCGCCUCUCCCCUCACGUCGACCCGACGUCGCUACAAGUCGGCCAUCUUCGACACGCUUGCCGCCCUGUUCACCGACCCGCAGGUCUACGUCGCACACCUCCAGGCUGCGAAUGUCAAUCCCGAACCGGCCCUCAAUAUCACCCCGUUGCCGGAGACGCAGAACGGGGCUGUCGUGACGGUUGACGUCACGAUGACCACUGUCGCGGUACAUGCGGCGCGCUGCGGCAUCACCCCGGAGUUCGUGCUUCACCACCUCUGCCUGUGGGCCCGAGACUACCUAGCGAGUGGACUACGAACGGCAGACCUGGGUCCGACCGCGACUGGAGCCCCGCUGAUGGCCGAGCACAUCGAUGGCGAGGUCGCACCAGGUGGACAACCCACGACUGGCCACGGCGAGCAGCCCAUUCCGAACGUCGCAGCCGGCGAAGAGGCAAUGGCGGUCGAGCCGCUUGGUCGGGACUCGGCGUAA